AAUCCAACGCACCCCCUGUGCGCACGUUAACAGUUACCCUCCAUUUUCAAAACCCAUAAAUAAACAAAAAAACCCAAUUUUUCCGAUAUCACAAAAAUGCCAAAGCCCAACAUCCUGCUUCUCCUAAUUCUAUUUCUACCCCUAAUCUUCUCCCCGGAUUACGAUUUCAUCCGCGUGGCCAAUGCAGGGAAGCGAAGCAUCCACAUAACGGAUGAUCUUGACGACGUUAUCGACGAUGAGGAAGACGAGGCAUGGAAAAAUUGGGGAAAGACCACAAAACGGUCUGAAGACGAGUUCGAUCCACCACCGUCUGAUUUGAACAAAAUGAAUGUGCAGGAGAUCCAGGAGAUGAUGAUGAAGCGAAAUUUCGGGCCAGUUUUUGGGUUUGUUAAGCUCCGAUUAGGCGCACGCCGGACUCCGGACGUGGUUGCUGAGAUUGCUAUGAAAUGGACAAAGAUUAUGAAAACGGGAGGAAUUCGAGUGCAGUUUUCAGGGGUUGAUUUGAGUACAAUUAUGUUUAGCAUGGAUCAAGGCAGAGACACAAUGGAGUUGAAGGAGUUCAUUUUGAAUGAACCGGAGGCUUAUGAAAUCAAGAUUGGGGAUCAAGUUUUACGUAGACAUGGAGAUCCUCCUUUAGAAGCAGUCAUUGAGAAGCUUCAGCGCGAGAAGGACAAAGCAGACAAUGCUCCUGCAGCUGCUACAAAGGAUGAUGGGCAUCAGAAAGAAGAAUUGUAGCCAAGUGGGAAUCCUCCUUUUCACAUGUAAUUAGUCAAUGAAUUAAUCACAUCAUAAUUUCACCGCAAGUUUAAUUUCUGGGUCUGUAGUUGCAACUCUUGCAACUCGUCCCCACCCACCAUCCUUCCUUUUUGUUCCUUUUCUUUUAACAUGCUGCUGCUUGCUACCAUCUAGAAUCUGGAUCCCUUUUUACACACCAAUCACAAAUAGAAGUCUUAUUUUGCCAGCAAAUUUAGCAUAUAAACAAUGUGUGAUCAUGUGUUUUCGUGUAAUAACUGGUAUGUGUAUGAUGUGUGAUUGAGAUCGGAUUUUGCAGAAUUUACUGAUU